GACAUCCAGAAAAAUCGUGAGGCUCGAUUUUAUCAAAAGUAUUGAUGAAAAGAUCAUAAACAAUUUACAGCUUACGACGGAAAAGUGUUGCUCAACAGGCAUUUAAAUUUUCAGCAGGAUUCCCUGAUCCGACACGGCACACGGCAGGUAAAUUGCGUCGUGCAUCCCCUUCUCCCUCGGGUGGCAGAGCGGAAAGGUAAAUGCAAUGAGCAGUGCCGGAUACACCAAAACCGAAUCGGAUGGAAAGCGACCAUCCAGUAAUAAGAAUGGCGAUUGGACUUGUCCGGAGCCCGAUUGUAAGAAUCUAAAUUUUGCCCGAAGAAACCAGUGUAACCGGUGCGGCAAGGAGCGUCCCAACAGCGGUUCAAAAAUGUCCACGGCUAGCGAUUCCGACGGGGGCGGUAGCAGUAGCGCCGGGGGUAAAAAGAAAGUUGGUACCGAAAUCGGCAAAGCAGCUGCCGAGAAGUCGCGCGGUUUGUUCAGCGCCGAAGACUGGCAAUGCAAUAAAUGCGCUAACGUGAAUUGGGCUCGACGGCACACAUGCAACAUCUGCAGCGCUCCACGGUUUUGCGACGUGGAGGAACGGACGGGCUACGGAGGAGGCUAUAACGAUCGUGGCGUUGUCGAGUACAAGGAUCGCGUCGAGUCGGACGAUGAGUAUGAUGAAUUUGGACGCCGGAAGAAACCCAAAGGUAAACCGAAGGAAUCAAGCGCCCGUGCCGCACAACGACGGCGGAGCACCGAUUCCGAGGAGGAGGCAAGCCAGAGACACAGUGCGCGAAAAGAGCAACAGAAACGCAGACAUCAGGACGAGGAGUCUGAUGACGAUGGUAACGAGGAUGACGAUGAGGAUGAGGACGACGAAGACGAAGGCGAUGAGGAUCUUUCCAAGUAUAAUCUGUGGGGAUCGGAUGAGGAAACUGCUGCAAAGCCAGUAUCUAAGAUUUCAAACCCUGCCACCAACCACAGCAAGCAACAAACUUCUCACCGCCGCUCACGAUCAAUUUCACGAUCGAGAUCGCGCAGUCCAGAUCGCAGCAGGCGGUCGAGUGAUCAACGUUCUUCUUCAAAAUCGACCGCCUCGUCGACUAGUCACGGACGAUCCGAUUCCAAGCGCUCCAGUGCGUCCCGUCGCCAUGGCCGGUCCAGAUCACGGUCGUACUCACGCUCGCGGUCACGAUCCCGCUCGCGAUCUCCUCGAUCCUAUCGACGCAACAAGGACAGGCGACGUUGAGGCAUCUCGUGUUGUGCUUGCUGUUUUGCAGAGCAAGGCUCAAUAUUGAUGGUGAAUAAAUGUAUAAACUUUAGAGCGAAA